AUGAUUGAAGCAACAUUUGGAUAUCAAAUAUCUUCAUCGUCAUCAUCAAAUAUAUCCUCAUCAUUAAUGUCAAUUUUAACUGUAACAACAUCAUCUGCUGCUAAAGCACUUUCCAAUCAAAAUCAUUUUUCUGUCCUUAAAUGGUCCGUUCGAAUCAUCGGUGGUUUAUUGAUUGUCAUCGGUGGUAUUGGUAAUACUCUAUCUGCUUUAACACUUAGCCGAAAAAAAUUAAGAGCUCAAGUUACAUCUAUUUAUCUUAUUGCUUUAGCAUUAUCUGAUCUAGGUAAUGUUUUCUUCAGUGUAUUAAAUUUUUAUCUUGUCCGUCUUGAUCCUGAACAAAAUAUGCGUUUAUAUAGCAAUAUAGCUUGCAAAUUACAUAUAUUUUUCACUUAUUAUUUUAUUAAUUUAUCUCCAACAUUACUUGUUGCUGUUAGUGUUCAACGUUAUCUUGCAAUAGCAAAACAUCAUUAUUCAAAAAGGCAUUGCACUGUUAAAAAUGCAUACAUAGUUAUUGGUAUAAUCUGUUUAUUAUCGAUUUUUAUUCAAUUACAUUGGGGUAUUUUUUAUGAAUUUAUACUACAACCUGUAAAACAAUCAUCAACAUUAUUAAAUCAUACAAUAUCAUAUAAACGUGUAUGUAAUAUAUCAGAAGAACAUUCGAAUUAUUUAUGGUUUCGUUCAAAUAUGAUCGGAUAUAUUCAAUGGUUUUUCUUUACAUUAUGUCCAUUUGUAACAAUGUUAAUACUUAAUUCUUUAAUAUUAAAAGUAAUUGCAUCAGCACGUCGUAUUCAACAAAGAAUUAAUCAGAAAAACCAACGUAAAAAAGCUAAACAGCGUAAUAUGACAAUUAUGCUUCUAUCUGUCUCAUGUGUAUUUAUCUUAUUAACAGCACCAGCAUCAACAUUUAUGGCAUUUGGACAUUUAUUCAGAAAUUUACAUGGAAGAAAUUCACAAUCAUUAUGGACUAUGCUCUCAUUAAUUUAUUAUGCAAAUACAGCAGCAAAUUUUUUACUUUAUUUUUUAACAGCUGAUGUUUUUCGACAAGAACUUCGUGUUAUGAUUUUAUCUUUACCUGGAUGUUCAAAACUUUUUCCUGAAUAUUGUCAAAAUGAUAGAACAAAUGCGACUCCUGCUGUUGGUAAUGGUGGAGGUGGACCAGGAUUAAUACCACCAACUAUUGUAGCAAAAACUCAAAUGACUACUUUUCCUUUAAUUGAUGCAACAUCUUCGUAUAAUAAUGAAAAAUUAAGUAGAACAAAAAAAAGUGAUUGUUGA